CAUGGGCACCCGCCAGUUCCACCUGAGUCAUUGGAGGGUCUCUGGCAUCUUUUCUUCGCCAAAGGCUGUCAGUGUGAGUCUUCUUGCUCUCAUCUUUUGGCCUGCUUACUGGACGCUGAUGGUGCUCUGCUCUGGUCAUGGCAUGCUCUCAGACGCGUUCCCCCAUAUUUCACUCUAUCUUCGAUGGAUUCACGCACACAUUGUUUCCUAUAUUCUUUACAGUGACCCGUUGAUAUCCGCAGGGAAACAGGUACAGGUGCGAGUACGACUGCCCACACCCACAGGUUUACACAUCUGGACGUUCCAGCUGCUAUGCGCCCUGCACCUGCCUGUAUGCUGCCGCAAUACCUAGUACUACUCAUGUCAUACACUGUCGUAGCAUGUCGUUUCUCGUCAUAUCAAUCCAUGUAUUCUACUGUACUAAAUUAUAUGGUGUUAUAUGAUUUUAUCUGAAAA